CCAGCGUCUGCAGUCGAGAGCUGCAAUGGUAGACUUAGGAGGACCAGCUUUCCCGCAGCAUAUGUAUCAGGGGUACAAGAUAUCGGCUGAACUAAGAAAGGAAUACAGUGCAAUGUGGACGUUGCAGACUGCGUUUUACAAAAAGUACCCGGUCGUCGACCAGCGGCCGCAAUAUACUUACUUUAUGCUUAACGACUUCAGCAUAUACCGACCAUCCUCUUCCAAAUAUCAUGCAGACGAGCUCGUCACGUUGGAAAAGCUCACUUUGCGCGGAAAAGGGGAGUUCUUUCUCGCAGGUAUAUUGUCUUUCGAAGACGAAAGAUUCUUUGUAAAGGACGUCCCCUUCGACAUUCUGACUCUAGAAUACGGAGUAUCGCACCCUUGGCGAGAUAGAGUAUGCAUUCAAUCAAGAAUCGCAAGGUACCAGAAUGUUUACUACAAACUUGGCCGACCUGCACAAGCAUACGACCGCUUCUACGCACCUUUCCUUCUUAUUGCGCAAUUCGCAGACUACUUCAUCGAAUACCUGUGCGAGCAUAAGCAUGUCACGAUUGCAAAGUUUCGCCACGACUUCUGGAAUUGGUUACAACCGCGUUACGGCGAAGAUCCAUCCUUCCAAGCUUGGCAUAGGAAUGUCAAGCUCCUGGAUUUCAGGACACAGGUUGCUACUCAAGUUGAGUUUCUCUGGAAGGAGUGCUGGAGCAUUGAUGAUCAGUCAGCUAGAGCGGGCGAACCAACAUCUCUGUGCGAACAUCCCAUCUGGAGUGAAAUCCAUCCUGACAUGCUAGAAGCUAUACCGAAACAGCCAGUGGACUACUUGAGCAAGACCGUGGUCACCCCUUAUGCAUAUACUUGCUUUCAGAACAUGUACUUUGCGGACCAGCUUGGCGUGAACUACAUCCAGGAGGACGCCUUGCGAGACCGUGUCAGUGCACUGAAAUCAAAUCUUGGACUGACACCAUUGUAUAAUAAAGUUUUAAUGUCUGAAGCUCCUGAUGUCGUCGCUCAACCAUUACAGGAGGUUAGUGAUGUAUGCAUUGGCGACGUCGUUGUCGUCCCUGCAGACAAGACUGGUAGCUGGAAGCAAUCAACAACAGACCUCUGGUACGCGUAUGUGCAGCGCAUCUGGAAAGCCAGUAAUGGCAGUAGACGACUGGACGUUAUCUGGCUAUAUCAACCAGAGGACACAACGAUCGGAAAUGCUCCCUACUUGUUCCGCAAUGAGCUGUUUUUAUCAGACAAUUGUGGUUGUGGCGAGGCAGAAGCGCUCUAUCUUGACGAUAUCGCAGAUGUAAUAGGUAUUGCUGAAGUGUCCUGGUUCGCGACAGACCCUGCUGCAGAAGGAGGCCUCUUUGUCCGACGCACAUUUCGGACUGUGCCCGAGCUGAAUCAGUACGACUUUGUUACACUCCAAAGCCACCAUUUCCGCUGCUGCCACCAGGAAGGGUAUAUUGACUAUUCGGACGUCAAGUACAAGAUCGGCGAUUCUGUUCUUAUACGCAAAAAGCAAGACUCAACUGGGCGUAAUUGCAGACCUGCGAUCAUUGUCGGGUUCCCUGGAGAAGAUCGUGUUAGCCUGAACAAGCUAUAUUACGCCCGCGAAGUCUCUCGGUCAGACGCUCGACCUAAUGAGCUGGUCCUUACCGCUGAAAACAUCGAAAGGGACACAGACAGUAUUGUACGGCCUUGCCAUAUUAGACUCUUCGAUCGCGUGCAGAUUGAGCGAGGCCUAGUGCCCACACCCUAUAAUCGUGACGGAACUGGAGACUUCUUCUACGUUGCGCGGGACUCACAAAGCAUACUGCCUGCUGGCCUGCUACUAAAUGAAGGGUGGAACCCGCAACAGCAUGAUUCCAGACCGAAAUUGACUGGACUGGGUUUGUUCUGUGGUGGUGGUACCUUCGAUCGCGGACUGGAGGAAGGCGGUGCAGUGCAGUUCCGCUACGCCGUGGAUAUCGCAGAAGAGGCGCUACAUAGCUAUCGAGCAAAUACUGCGGACCCUGAGCAGACCUCCUACUACCUUGGGUCUGUCAACGAAUACCUGGCGUCUGCGCUGGCUGGCGAAAGCAGCGACAUCGUGGCGGAGCCUGGAUCAAUCCACGUUAUAUCCGCAGGCAGCCCAUGCCAAGGGUUCUCAAAUCUGCAGCAGUACAAGGACAGUGACCGAUCCAAGCGUAAUGCUUCUAUGGUAGCAUCGGUCAUAUCCUAUGUUGAUCUCUACGCACCUCGAUAUCUUAUACUGGAAAAUGUCAUUGCUAUGACUACGUCGAUCAAAGAGCAUGGAGGUCAGAACGUCUUCUCCCAGAUGAUUGCUGCUUUAGUAGGUCUUGGAUACCAAGUUCAGCAGUUCUUGAUGGAUGCGUACUAUUAUGGUAGCUCCCAAGCUCGGUCUCGAGUGUUUAUCCUGGCGUCAGCACCCAUUUGCGAAGUCCUCGAACAGCAGGACUAUACUCACGCACGACCGACGGAACUGGAACGAAUGCUCCACCUAGGAAAAUGUAGCAAUGGAAAGCCUUUUGGAUCGCGUCAAGAAGAAGCGUACUUUCCUUUUGCGCAGGUGAGCGCAGAAGAAUCUGUGGGCGACUUGCCUGUUGUGUUUGAUGGACAGCCGCUGCUCUGUCCACAAUUUCCUGACCAUCGUACAGCCACAGAAGAGACUGUGAUCAACCGGGAUCGCAUUGCUGCUGUCCCCAAACGACCUUUUGGCAUGUCACUGAAACGCGCUGCUCUCGCAGGCUUAGUUCGCGGCGAGCCACUGGACUUCUCCAAUGGGCACAACCAGAUUCGAUGUGGGCCAAAUUCCAAUUCAUACCGGCGCAUCUUCCCAAAUCGACCAUUCCCGACAAUCAUUACAAUGAUCUCAGUGACAGACGGCAUAGCAGGCCAGGUAGUGCACUGGAACGAAGACCGGGUCUUGACCAUCAUGGAAACAAGGCGUGCGCAAGGUCUUCCGGAUGACGAAGUGCUCGUAGGGCUACCUGCCGAGAGGUUGAAGAUUGUAGGCAAUGGUGUCGACAGAAAAGUCGCAUUGGUACUUGGUCUCUCGUUGCGAAAAUCGUGGCAAAAGUCACCACUGCUGGAUGAUCUUAAAGUCUCGGAGGAAGAACGGGACGGACGGCAAAGAGGAUAA